CGUGGGGUUGCCGGUGGCGGACCAAAAGGCCUUGCUAUCGAGUACACUGUAAUUCGCGAAAUUGGGGAUGAACAGUAAGAAGUGGGGUUGGCAGUGGCGUCACGGAGAAGAUGCUCGCAUCCUUUCUUCGGUAUCUACCUCCUUUGCGCCAUCAUAGCCCUCAAUGCGCCGGUGGCGGAACAACCUAUGCUACGCCCCCUAUUCCCCUCCCCAUUCCCUAGUAACCAUCUCUCAUCUUCAAUCGGCUUCCUCAACUUCUCAGGGGCAGGGAUUUCCCGGAGAACCAUGUCCAAAGCUCGUGUCUACGCGGACGUCAACGUGCAUCGUCACAGGGAUUUCUGGGAUUAUGAAUCAUUCCAUGUUCAGUGGGGUGAUCAGCGUGACUACAAAGUGAUUCAGAAAGUUGGAAGAGGAAAAUACAGUGAUGUAUUUGAGGGAAUAAAUGUCAAUAGCAACGAGAAGUGCAUAAUUAAGGUUCUGAAGCCCGUUAAGAUGAAAAAGAUAAAGAGAGAGAUCAAGAUAUUGCAAAACCUUUAUGGUGGGCCAAAUAUUGUCAAACUUGUCAACACAGUCAGAGAUCAGCAUUCCAAUGUUCCAAGCUUGAUAUUUGAACAUGUGAACAGUACGAAUUUUUCAGUGCUACACCCCACAUUAACCGACUACGACAUAAGCUACUACAUGUAUGAGCUUCUCAAGGCAUUAGACUAUUGUCAUUCACAGGGAAUUAUGCAUAGAGACGUGAAGCCUCAAAAUGUUAUGAUAGACCAUGUGUUGCGAAAGCUUUGGCUGAUUGACUGGGGGCUUGCUGAAUUUUAUCACCCUGGAAAGGAGUAUAAUGUUCGCGUGGCUUCAAGGUAUUUUAAGGGUCCUGAACUUCUGGUUAACUUGCAAGACUAUGACUAUUCUUUGGAUAUGUGGAGCUUAGGCUGCGUGUUUGCAGGAAUGAUCUUCCGCAAAGAACCUUUCUUUUGUGGACAUAAUAAUGAAGACCAGCUUGUCAAAAUUGCCAAGGUCCUUGGUGCAGACGGAUUGAAUGCAUACUUGCAAAAGUAUAAUAUAGAGCUUGAUCCUCAUCUCAUGACCAAGGUUGGGAGGGACAGCAGAAAACCGUGGUCUAAAUUUGUGAACACCGAUAAUAAACAUUUAGUAUCACCUCAGGGCAUUGACUUUCUUGACAAGCUUCUUCAUUACGACCAUCAGGACAGGCUGACUGCGAGAGAAGCUAUGUCCCACCCUUAUUUCUUGCAAGUGAGGGCUGAAUUGUGAAUUGUGAAGCUCAAUCAUCUGGUCUUCCCUCGGUCAGUCUGAAUUGUGAAAUACCAUUGAAAUACUUCUAACAAUUUGCUUUGACUGCCCUGGGAUUUUAUGAGUUACAACGCAUUAUUUGCAUACGGAGCCAUGUGGUAUGGCCAUAUGGAUGAUUUUCUGGGCUGGACGUACCAGCAAGCGUCAAUGGCGGUCGGCUGCAAAAAAGAACUGGUCGAGCAAGCUGAGAAAUCUGAGAAGUCCAAUAAAGUGCUUCACUUGGAAACUGAGAUUGAAAUCUGAUGGAAAGUCCAAUAAAAUAGUCUCACUUGGGAACUUAGAUCAUAAAUUUUAUUAAUGCUUAUUUCCUAGUAAUAGUUUUGGUAUGUCUUUCCUUUAUUCUGUUGUGUGCACUACAAUCAUGUUUUCUUUUUAUGCUGAAGACUCUUGUAAUAGCUAUAUGAAGGUCUCUUAUAGUCAUACUCUUGGUAUAUGGUGGAGUAUAUGGAUUUGCACAUUUAUUGGGCUUUAACUAUUUUGAGUUGUUAGUCAGAAAAAAGAACUAUUU